GGCGCCGCUGCGCGCGCGAGGCCUCGGGGCGGGGCGCGAUGGCGGAGCCCGGGUGAGGCGCGGGUUUACUGUCCAAGAGGAUUUAUACCUUGCUUAAAAAGUCUUCUCCCAGCACUUCUUGAAGAUGCCUGCUGCCUGUGAGCCAGUGCUUGAGGAUAUUGAAGACAUCGUGUCAGCAGAGGAUUUGAAGCCGCACGAUCGGCAGUUUGCGAGAAGGAAUGUUUUUCCCAAAGUGCGAAAGCGCAACUCCCAGAAGAACGCUCAGACAGAUGAUGAGCCCGCCAGUGACAGCAUUAUUCCUGGUGUUCAGAAAAUCUGGAUUCGUACAUGGGGAUGUUCUCACAAUAAUUCGGAUGGUGAAUACAUGGCUGGACAGCUGGCUGCAUAUGGAUACAAAAUUACAGAUAACUCUGAUGAAGCAGAUUUAUGGUUGCUCAACAGUUGUACUGUAAAAAAUCCUGCUGAAGACCACUUUAGAAACUCAAUCAAGAAAGCCCAAGAAGGGAAGAAGAAAGUUGUGCUAGCAGGCUGUGUACCACAAGCUCAACCUCGCCAGGAGUACCUGAAAGGCUUAAGUAUUAUAGGGGUUCAGCAGAUAGAUCGUGUAGUAGAAGUUGUGGAGGAAACUAUUAAAGGUCAUUCUGUGAGACUGCUGGGUCAGAAAAAGGAUAAUGGAAAACGUUUGGGGGGAGCACGACUGGAUUUGCCAAAGAUUAGGAAGAAUCCACUGAUAGAAAUAAUUUCCAUCAAUACAGGGUGUCUCAAUGCAUGUACCUACUGUAAAACUAAACACGCCAGAGGAGAUCUAGCAAGUUAUCCUAUUGAAGAACUGGUGGACAGAGCCAAGCAGUCUUUUCAAGAGGGUGUUUGUGAGAUAUGGCUGACCAGUGAAGACACAGGGGCUUAUGGCAGAGACAUUGGCACAGACCUCCCCACGCUUCUGUGGAAGCUGGUUGAAGUUAUUCCUGAGGGAGCUAUGCUGAGGCUUGGCAUGACAAACCCUCCCUAUAUUUUAGAGCACCUGGAGGAAAUGGCCAAGAUUCUCAAUCAUCCAAGAGUGUAUGCUUUUCUACACAUACCAGUCCAGUCAGCCUCUGACAGUGUGCUCAUGGACAUGAAAAGAGAAUACUGUGUGGCAGACUUCAAACAAGUAGUGGAUUUCCUUAAAGAAAAAGUGCCUGGAAUAACAAUUGCUACAGACAUCAUCUGUGGAUUUCCAGGAGAGACCGAUGAAGAUUUUCAAGAAACUAUGAAACUUGUAGAACUGUACAGGUUUCCAAGCUUGUUUAUUAAUCAAUUCUACCCACGUCCAGGAACCCCAGCUGCAAAAAUGCCUCAAGUUCCAGCUGCAGUGAAAAAACAGAGAACGAAGGAUCUGUCCCAGCUGUUUCAUUCAUACAACCCAUAUGAUCAUAAGGUUGGUGAGAGGCAGAGAGUUCUGGUAACAGAAGAAUCCUUUGACUCCAAUUACUACGUUGCUCACAAUCCUUUCUAUGAGCAGGUUCUUGUGCCAAAGGAUCCUCUGUUAAUGGGUAAGAUGGUAGAAGUGAAUAUUUAUGAAGCUGGGAAACAUUUUAUGAAGGGGCAGCCAGUAUCAGAUGCCAGAGUUCAUACUGCAUCCAUCAGCAGACCGUUAGCAAAAGGAGAAGUUUCUGGUUUAACAGAGGAGUUCCGACGUUCAGCGCAGAAUGGCACAAAGUGGAAAGCACAGCCUAAUGCUGAGAUCCCAGUGAAAACACAGCUCAGCUCCUGGAUGGCUUUGCAGCUGCCAUGGCAACAAGAGGGAGGUGGACUGAAGAUCCUGUCUGUCAGCCUGGCUCUACUGGCAGUUCUUGUUAUGUUUUACUACGGAGGAAUGAAAACAGAACUGUGAACUGAAUGGGGCUUUUAUCAAAACAAUGAAACUGCUGUUCAAAAUCUUCAAAGGAAACACUUUUACCAGCAAAUUUUUUUUUUUUAUUUUAGAAAAAAAAAAAGCUAAUAUAAAUUGGGCAAUAAUUUGUACUCACUCUAUGCCUUUCCUGCCAUUCAAAGGAGAGAACAUUAAUAAGCUGUUCGAAGGCCUAUCUUGCCAAAUCCUGAGAUCCUUGGUUGGUUGAACAGGUUGUUACAUCUUCUCUUUUCUUUUUUUUCCUAAAAUGAUGCAAUGUUUGCAUUACAUACUCUUUUCAUAUUUGCUGUAUCAGAUAAAAUUGCAUUAAUUUUUUAAGGAAUCUUUCCAUUGAGUGAUAUUGGUCAUCUUUUAUGGGUAGAUUAUUUAAAGCUUUCCUAAAGAUUUUGCUUGAUGCAGUGUGAUCGUUUGGUAUCUGUCUUUUUACAUUAGAAUGAACACUGCAAGGCCAUUAAAGUUUGUUAUUUGUUGCUAUUUAUUUUGCUGUCAUGUUUGAAAGAAUUUUUGCCUGCUGUCUUGCAUCUCUCAACUUCACAAUGAGUUAUUAGGCUUUUUUAAUACAAGAAGAAUUAUUUUUUACGUAGAAAUAGUCCUAAAGGUGUUGGGUUUUUAUAAUUGAGUGGGAAGAUACUGUUCUGGUGAUAGAGUUCUGUGAAAAGAUGGAUUUAAUACAGUCUGUAGAUUUUAUACAAUCUACCUGGGAAUCUCUUAGCUUUGUGCUGUCUCAGUAAAACAAUUAUUACUCUGUUAGUGGGGAGGUUGCAUUUUACACAAUGAAAAUUUCUAAUUACUUUUUUCAAGCCAUUUUGUCAUGACAGAAUCUCCACACAUCCUGUGAGUGUACUGGUGAGUCAGGGACUGGACUGUGUGCCCAGUUCUUCCUGCACCUGACCUCAUCAUAUUGUUGGUUUGUUCAUGCUUUGUCACCUUUCUGAAUCUUCAUCCAAACUUCCACUUGCAGAGACUGUUUAAAAUCAUAACACAGGCACUGUUUAGAGGUUUUUUGAUGUUUGUGUCACAUCCAGAUGGAGCUGAGCUGUCUUACAUGGCUGUUGUGGUUUAACCCCCGCAGGCAGUUGAGACACUCACCCCCCUGCAGUGGGGUGGGGGCAAGAAUCAGAAGGGUAAAAGUGAUAAAACUUAAGGGUUGAGGUAAAGACACUUAGAUGGGUGAAGCAAAAGCUGCACAUGCAAGCAAGGCAAGCCAAGGAAAUAAAUCAUUCAUUACUUUGACAGGCAGGUGCUCAGCCAUUCCCAGAAAUGCAGAAGAGGCCUUGACUCUGUAUGAGCCCUCCACAGCAGCAGAAAAUCCAAAACAUAGCCCUAUGCCUUGCAGUGAAAAAAAUUAACUCUGUCCCAGCCAAAGCCAGUACAUUGUCUCUACAGUGCAGAAGAAUAAUCCCCUAGUAAGAGUGCUUUGUACUUUAUAAAUUGGGGAUUCAUAAUAGUUACAGACAAUUAACCAGGAGGCUCCACCAUGAUGCUUUCAGCACAGCCUGUAAAUUAUAACAGCAGAUGUUACUGUCUUCAGGAAAUCAGGUGUGUGAUCAAUCAAAUACUAAAUUUUUGAUAGCAACCACUGAAGGUCAUAAGCCAAGACUCAAAAUCCACACGUUUUAAAAGAAAAAAAAAAAA